UCAGCGUGUCCUGGCUCAUAUACACUGUGCAGUCGUAGGUUUGAUUCCACUGGUGUACAGUCACCUGGAAGUAAUAGCCUCUGUGUUUUCUUUAUCUUACAAUGAGCCGUUUUUAUCUACAGACGCCGGCGGGGUCUCCUUCCGAGGCGACCGCCAUUUUGAGCCGCCAUGUUUGUGCAGCAGCCCAGAACCAGUCCAAAGACGGGCUGUAAAUCCAGUUGGAUUCACGAACGCAGGGCGGGAGUCAGUAAAUGUUCUGCAGUGAGGGUUGUCUCGGAUACCACGGACAAAAACAAAUCAAUAAAUCUACUUCAAUACACAUUACAACAGUACAAACAACAACAGUGUAAAAAAAGAAACAACUCAACAUAUCUGUCUAUUUCAUUAACGCUCUUUAUUCGAUCAUUUUGUUUUGAUAUAGUCCGUCUGCCAAUCAAUAUAUGAGUCAUCUUCGUCAUCUGUCAUGUGACGUCAGAUAUCCUCACAGUCUGUUUGUCCGGCUCAUAGUUAUCAAACCUCAGCGCGUCCAUUUCUGUCACAGUUUGUGAUCAUUAUGGGUCAUUACAGAUGAGUCUUCUUCCUCCUCUUCCUCCUCCUCCUCCUCUUCCUCCUGCCAGCACCUCGCCCGAACCAAAUGGACGUUUUCCAACAUGUGAAAACACGUCGGACGAGUUGUUUGGAGUUCAUAAAAUUCAAAAUGAGUAAAAAUGAAUUGAAUUGAAAAUAUGUGCAACUUCAACGUGUUCUUCUGUGUUGGUAGACGUUUGUGAUUCUGCCUCCGUCUGGAAGGAUUGCAUCCCCAGUGUUCACAGAUAGGUCCAGCUGUUUUAAAUACACAGAUUACAGAUUACAGAUUACACAGUGAUAAGAUCCCAAGAUCAACCUUUCAGUUUAUCUGAUGUAUUUCUGUCCAGCUAUGAGAGAAGUCUCACAGCAUCAGCUCACAUUAAGGAUAAUCGUCUUAAAGUAGCAGCUCCAGCAGUGUCAAGCAUGGGUGCGUCAGGUUGCAUGGACAGAGACGAUCACCUGAAUGCCUUUACUGAAGCUACAGAGUUCUCAGGCUUUGAACAAAGUUUACAGGACACAAGCAUGGACGAGGAGGACACGGAGGAAAAUGUUUUCGAGGACCCCAUUAACAGUGUAUUACAGGACACAAGCAUGAUUGAUGAGGAGGACAUGGAGGAAAAUGUUUUCAAUGACCCCAUUAACAGUGUAAUUGAUUGGGCAAAUGACGGCUCCCGUUACUUUCAGCAAGAUGGAGAGGAGGAGGAUGAGGACAGCUCGGAUGAAGAGUGUCUUCCAUCAGUCUGCAUACGAAUGGGUGGAGAGUUAAAGAAAGCACCACCCAUUGAUCGACUUCCAGUUAUUGGGAUUGGUGAGACUGUGCAUGACCAGCCUGCACAUGAAGACCCUCGCGAUGAGCCUGACAAUCAAGACCCAAUGUUCCCACGCCGAAAGCAUGUCCGCUCUGAAGAUGACAUCAUAGGUGCCAAAGCUUCAAUCGUCUAUGAGGAGUGUUUAAGACAAUUGGCUUCAUUUCUGAUCCUGCCUGUUGAUAAAUGUACGGGCGUUUUGAGAACCGGUGCCAUGUGCGACUGCGUUGCCCCCUUCAAGAUCAGCAUCUCUUCCAAGGGCACAGCAACUAAUGUGGAAUGGAUCUGUCCCAAUGGACACCGCUUGUGGAGGUGGAAUUCCCAGCCUGUCAUGAAGGCCGGGGUUCAAGCUGGAGAUUUUCUUUUGUCCACCAACAUUUUGUUGUCUGGCAGCAACUAUACAAAGGUUGCCCUCUUGUUCAAAUUCAUGAACAUGGGGAUGGUGAACAAGAACACCUUCUGCUCCAUUCAGAACAAUUACUGUGUCGGCACGGUAAAGGACUUCUGGGAAGAGAGGAGGACGGAGGCCCUCAGUCGCCUUCAAGGGAAACGUGUUGUGGUCCUAGCGGGUGGUAUGAACGACUCGCCGGGCCAUUGUGCACAGUACUGCAGCUACACCAGCAUGGAGAAUGACACCAAGGAGAUAAUUCAUGUUGCCACCAUAGAAAAGCGGCAGCCGUCCUGGAAGUCUGUCGUUAUGGAGAAGGAGGGUUUUAUCCAGACUGUGGACAAGCUCACAUCAGAAAUUAGCCUAGCAGAGAUCUGCACAGACGCUCAUGCCCAGAUCGGAGCCCUUAUGAACCCAGACGAAGGCAGAUACAAGGCCCUUGGUAUUCAUCACAGUCUGGACAUGUGGCACGGUGCCAAAAACCUGGCCAAAAAAAUAGCUGCUGCGGCAAAGAAAGAAGGACAGCCCACUCUCUGGCUCUGGCUGAAAGACGUCGUUAACCAUUUUUGGUGGUGUUGUAAAACAGCUGACGGUACCCAGCAGUUUCUUGAACUAUGGGUUGGCAUCAUUCACCAUGUCUGUGACAUUCACACCUGGGCUAUGGGAAGGUGCCAACAUGAGCACAUGGAAGAAACACGUGGAAAGAUGUGGAUCCAGAGAGACUCCAAGUGCCACAAAGCUUUAGUGGACAUCGUUCUCAACAAGCAUUGGCUGAAGGAUAUACAUAAAUAUCUGCGCUUCAGAUCGACUGCAGACCUUGAGGUGUUCCAGAAUCAUAUUCUGAUGUAUGCUAGCAAGCACUACACUUUCAGUCCUGCAGUUUAUGAGACGAGAGUUCUGCUUGCUGCUCUGGACUAUAAUUUCCACCGCAACCGACCGACAAUGACAACAGCGGAAGGCAACGAGAUUUUCAGAAGGCUGUACAAGAAAAAUGGCAGAAGAUACAGCGUGUACACUCUGAAAUCUGAAAAAACCUAUGGCUACAUCUCCGAGCUGCAAGCAAGGAUUGUGAGGAGGAGAAUCACAAGUGGAGUGGGAAUGUCCAGAAGGUGGAAUCUUCAACCUAAUGACCCCAGACGGUUCAUGUUACCUGGAGAUGUCCAGCAGGUGUUGAUUGGUGAAAAGAAGUCUCCUGACUUGAGCCCCCGCCUGGACCCAGAGCCUCUACACAUAAAAGAGGAACAGGAGGAACUCGGGAUCAGUCUGGAGGGAGAGCAGAUUAAUGGGUUGGGGGAGGCUAACAACUCCAGUUUCCCAUUACCUGGUGUUUCUGUGAAGAGUGAAAAUGAUGAAGAUGAACCGUGGUCUUCACAGCUUCAUCAAACUGGGGACAACAUAAAAGCCGAGCCUCCUGACAGCAGCUCAGCAACAGAGAUAAAAGCAGAAACUGAUGGAGGGGAGUGUGGAAUAUCAGAACCUGCCAGGACCGUAGAUCCAGAUGAUGAUCCACAAACACACACUGAUGAAACGUCUUCAGACUCUUCAGAGACUGAUGUCAGUGAUGGUGGUUGGCAAGAACCUUUGUCAGAUUCUGGAUCUGAGACUGAAAACAGUGACAGUGAUUCGAAGAACACCAGGGCAUCUAAGUCAGGUGUAAAAUCAUGGAAACACGAGGAAGCCCCUGUAAGUGAUGUGGAAUCUAACGAUGGAAACAAUUCCUUUAGUUGUCUUGAAUGUGGCAACGUCUGUCCUUUAGGAAAAGAGUCUUCUGACGAAACAUGUGAAGUGCAACAAAAGGGCCACAAAGGAGAGAAACCAUUUGGCUGUGAUCUUUGUAGGAAAGAUUUUGGCCACCAGUCAAAGCUUACGAGACACAUGAGAAACCACACGGGAAAGAAACCGUUUGGUUGUGAUGUUUGUGGGAAAACAUUUAUAGAACUAGUAAAGGUGAAGGCACACAUGAGAGUCCACACCGGAGAGAAACCCUUUGGCUGUGAUGUUUGUGGGAAAAGAUUUACAGAGCAGCAGAAUCUGAAGGCACACAUUAGAGUCCACACAGGAGAGAAACCAUUUGGCUGCGGCGUGUGCGGUAAAAGCUUUAACCAGAAGACAAAUCUUAAGACUCACAUGAAAAUCCACACAGGGGAGAAACCAUUUGGUUGUGAUAACUGUGGGAAAAGGUUUAACCAGCAGUCACAUCUUAAGACACACAUGAAAAUCCACACAGGAGAGAAACCGUAUGGCUGUGAUGUUUGUGACAAAAGGUUUAACCAGCAGGUACAUCUGAAGCUACACAUGAAUGUCCACUCGAGGUAAAAUCUGUUCUAGGGUUCCUUGUGAAAGACUGAUUACAUGUGGUCAACCACAGCACUUUUUUCCUCUUAUUGUUUUUUAUGUAUUUAGUUUUUGUCUUUUGUGUUUAUUUUAAAGGUGAUUUAUUAGCUUCUGUCUUACAAUGUUACGGGGUUAGGUCUUCAUCUUAAACAUAAAAAAAGUGUCAAAUAAUGGGAAAUAUGUAAACCCGAAGUACCACCGGGCACGGCUGGUAGCUCUGUGAUCCUCUCGUCUUUAAAUCCCACAGAGGGCCUUGCCUGCCCGACGUUCUUGACUUGUGUAUUUUGUCCUACAAAGGACACCAUACGAUGUGUUCCUCCACUUCCAACGUGAACUUCUCGUCGUCCAUGGUGUCAAAUCUCCUCUGACUGACUGACUCACUGACUUCCGGCCUGGUGCCACAGUGUCGAUGCAAUUUGAUCGAGAGUCUGCACGAGGUAUUUUAUUUUGAAAAUUGUUCAGAUUUUCUAUGCCGUUUCUGUGCCUGACUUCCUGCUAAAGCGAUCUGCUCUGUGCUGCCUGAUGCGGUCGGGGCGCGGCUUCCGUCGAAAAUAGACCAGUAGCGCAUUCUCUGCAGAGCGGAGCGGACGCUUCUAGGCCGCGCCCGGUGGAUUUUGGCCAUAGAAGUAAUUCCUGUGAGCAAAAAGCUCAGAAUUCGGACUCUGCAACGUUUCCAACAUCUUUUUCCAGAUGACGUGAAUAGCUGCUGCUGUGCUCCAGGCAGGUUCCCACUGUGCCUGUGAACAUGAGUCUUCCCGGUGUCAUCAAAGCCAAACUGAGGACAACAGAGAGACAGAGCCUCCAGCCAGCAGCUCAGCACGGCAGAUAAAAACAGGCUGAUGGAGAGGACUGUGGAGGAUCAGAACCUGUCAGGAACCUGGAUCCAGAUAAUCAUUCGCAACCAAACACUGAUGACAAGGUGUCACACUCUGUUUGGCAAGAACCUUUCAGAUUGUGACCUGAAACUGAAGACUGGAAAUGGUUGGAAGAGGUUGAAUAUAAGGAGUCUCCUGUAAGUUACGUGGAAUUGAACUCUCUGCUUUGAGUUUGGUAACUGCUGUUAACGGACUUUGAGCGCGAGGCACCUGCACUCCCGGCGGUCCGAAGCUCUCAGAUGUAACACUAGAGCUGUAACCAGGGACGGACUGGGACUAAAAAACGGCCCUGGACUUUGACUAGGCCCGGCCCAAAGCAGUCCGCCAGCGGAAACCCAACAAUAACGCCUGGCAUGAGUGUCACAAUAAUAUAUUAAUAUUAAAAAUAAAUUAAUGAAUUAAAAUAAUAAUCUAUUCCAUGCUAUCUUAAAAUGAAUUUAUUACUUAAUAAUCUUAAUUAAUUUAUGCAGUAAUGAAUCUUACCGCACAAAUAAUAAUACCACAUUUUAAUGAAAAUACACCAUUACAAAUUUAACUUCUGUAUUCAAAGUCUUCAGAGUUUGUAAGCAUUAACUGUAACCUUACCAAAACUUUAAAAAGUAAAAGCACAACAUAUUUCUUAACAUUAGCUAUCACUGCAUGUGGCAUUUUACAGCUAAAAUGUUUAAGUUUAGCUGUUUUUAACUACUAUAAUCAUUAUUUCAUUUUAAUUUUUGCAUUGUACUGAGCAACACAACCUGGGUAGAUAAAAAUGUAGCAACCUGAAUAACAUUUCCUAACAUCAGCCCAUCCGCUCUCAUGUUCCAUACUUACGUGCCCUGUAUCUGUCUGUGGAACCAGCUCAUCUCACGUUUAGUGGCUUCACUCUCUAAAUGUCGCAUUUUUCCCCCCCUCGCCUUCUCAGCCCCGCCCUUUCCGUUUUUUACCGGCGUUAUCCAUAUUGUUUCUAUGGUCUUGAACGUCUUUGCUGCUGCUACUUCAUCUUCUUCUUCUCCUUAAUUGGCGGGCACGGCCGGGGCAGCUGGCAUCCAACUUAAAGGUGCAUUGCUGCCUCCUACCGUACUGGAGUGUGAAGCAGUAGAUUAGCAGGGGGAAAAAAACGUGAUGACUGCGUGGCGGGUGGUGGGCCGCCGGCCGUCCUGGAGUACCGGCCGUUCUGUGAUUGUCCAGGUCACACAGAUGGCCUGUCCGCCCCUGGCUGUAACGUUAGACAAUGCUGCCCAUGGAUGCAUUAUGUUCAGCUCCUCAGCAGGAUCCGGGCGGUGGCUUAAAGUGACGGCGAGAAUGAACUCAGCACGGAGAGCCAGUAUAUGAUAAAUAAGGAUGUUUUUGCUCAGACUAAGAAUAUAGAGCUGGAAAUGCAAUGUGCGUAACAGGUUGUGUUAAAAACAAACCUUCCUCUGUUGCGUACUUAUUUCUGUAGGUAAAUAUUUCUAAAAAAAAGGUUAAUGCCCACCUCAUUUCAACCACUACUCAGUAUCUCAAGAAAACCACACGUGCGCCUCGUCUCCUGGUGUCCUCCUGGGGGCCCUGGUGGUUGGAGAUCAGCUGUAUGUUGAUAACAUGGAGAUAUGAAAUCUUCAAGACAUUUUUAAUACCUGCAAAAUAAAAUGAAUGUUUUUCUGUGUUUAAAAGGGCUGAGGCAAAAAAACAAAAGGCACUUGUUUUCUACACUUUUUUUCCUCAAGUAAAAAAAAAACAAAUCGCUCCAGGAUUUAGCAGAAGAAAAGAAAAUGCUAUUCUUGAGACGUUUUAAUCAUUUCUGUGCAAUGAAAUUGUGGCAGAAAAUGAAAAUUGCACCUUGUUCCAGUGAGAAUAAAAUUGCUACUGGCUCAACAUUUUACGCUGUGGUUGAUUGGUGAAACUACGGUGAUUGGACAAAAUUGCGAGGUCACUCAGAAUUCACAGGGAUUGGUUGAAUUUGUGUUGUUGUGAUUGCAACUUCCUGGAGAGACUGAAAAACAAAACAAGUGCAGCAGUACAGAAACAAUGAGUGGCUCCAGAAAUAUGUGUAAAGACUUUUUAAAUGUACACUGCAUUGCUUGUAACCAACAAGCGGGUCAUCACUACAACGUAGAACACUGGAUCUCCUGCAUCCACAGAUGUGUGUAAGGUUUUAUGGAGUGGGCUUUUUCUACUUUCUUACUGUGUUUGGACUGUUGGGCUGCGGUUGCUGUUCUCUCAUGAGCACACUGAGGCGAAUCCCUAAUGUGUAACACAUUUAAGUAUUCAAUCUUGAAACAAAGCAAGUAUCAAAAAGACAUCAACAACGUUUACGUCUCAAGAUAUUGUAUAAAAGAGUUUUCAGAGACAUUUCAAGUUAUUGAAACAAAGUUUUUUGAAAUGAUUUCUUUAUCAGUGUUUGUAAAUGAGGGAAGAAAAAGUGUUUUCAAAAAACCCAAUAAACCUUUAUUGUAUUAACACCA